AUGGACCGUCUGCUGAGGAGAUACCGAAUCAAGAGUCGUCUGCCCAGAGAAUGUUUGGCGGAGUUUUUUGGAGUCUAUGUUUUAAUACUGUUCGGGUGUGGAUCAGUGGCUCAGGUCACCACCUCUCAGAAUACCAAGGGAGAGUACCUGUCAAUCAACCUGGGCUUCGCACUGGGAACCACAUUUGGCAUCUACAUUGCAAAAGGAGUGUCAGGUUUUCGUGGACUCGUCUUCCUUUCUACGUGUGUUCGCAGCUCUUCGGUGCAUUUCUGGCUGCAGCAACGGUUGCCCUGCAGUAUUAUGACGCCAUAAUGGAUUUCACUGGAGGGCAUCUGACAGUCAGUGGUGCCACGGCUACAGCGGGCAUCUUCUCAACUUAUCCAGCAGAUUAUCUGAGUCUGUGGGGAGGAGUGGUAGACCAGAUCAUUGGCACGGCUGCUCUGCUGGUGUGUGUUCUUGCAUUGGGAGAUGCUCAUAACACACCUGCACCUGCAGGUCUGGAGCCUGUGCUUGUCGGAGCCGCCGUGCUGGUGAUCGGGAUCUCCAUGGGGUCUAACAGCGGAUAUGCCAUCAAUCCAGCCAGAGACUUCGGCCCAAGACUCUUCUCCUACAUCGCAGGCUGGGGAGACGAGGUGUUCAGGGCUGGACAUGGAUGGUGGUGGGUGCCUAUAAUCGUAACGUGUGUCGGGGCUCUUCUGGGAUCAUUACUGUACGAGCUGCUGAUUGGAGUUCAUCAUCCUGACUCAGAGGCAGUGGAUCAUGAAGACCCGACAGCGGCGCUCCAGCAAACUGUCGAGAUGGAGGGUGCGCAGAGUUUUGACACCAUUAAAGAAAACAAAAAGAGCGGGAUCUUUUCUAUAACCUCAGCAGACGUAGGGUAAAGUGAAAGAGAGUAUAUUAAACGUCUUUUGGAACCUAAAUUGUUACCGUUUACAUUGAGUGCAUUUACAAAUUAUCGUGAUAAUGCUCAUGCUUUAAAAAUAAUCUUCAAUUCUAUUAACUGGGAGAGCUCAUUCAUUCAUUUUCCUUCAGAUUAGUCCCUUAUUUAUCAGGGGUUGCCACAGCGGAUUGAACCGCCAACUAUUCCAGCAUAUGUUUUACACAGCGGAUGCCCUUCCAUCCACACCCAGUACUGGAAAACACCCAUACACUCUCAUACUCAUACACUACAGCCAAUUUUGUUUAUUCAAUUCAGUUUACCUCACACCAACACGGGAAGAACGUGCAAACUUUUAGCUUUUUUUAGCGACCAUCUGGCUGUGAGGUGAUAGUUCUAACCACUGAGUCACCGGGUGAACUCAUUGUCUUUAAAAUAGGUCUUAAAAUUUUUUUGUACUAUUUAUAUAAUGGCCAGUUUACACUCUCAGAAAUAAAGGUACAGGAGCUGUCCUUUGGGCAGUACCUUUUUAAAAGAUACAUAUUUGUACCCAAAUAAUCCAAAGUGGUACCUAAAAGGUGCGUAUUAUACCCAAAUGUAC